ACAUCUGAUUUUGACAGUCCAGUGAUCUCUUUUAUAAUAGGUUAGUUAAAAUCACAGUUACAGUUAGUUAUCUAGUCUAGUCUUAAAUAUUUCAUUUUUAGAUGUAAGGAUGUAAGUACUAUGUCUAAUUAUUGGACAAAGUAACAGAAUUAACGAAAUAAGGUUAAUAAAACUUCUAUAUUAUAUACGAUAUUUACCGGGCCUUACAGUGGAACACUGACAAUUUGCAUCUGUCACUGUCACUGUCAAUGUACAAGUUUCUGUUUCAACGUCAGGUUAUAAAUCAUUUUGCCAAAGUAGCCCUGUAAAUUUAAAUUAUUUACAAAAUAUUAUCGAUAUAUUCUGAUUACUUCAAUACGUAUUAUACGCUAAUCAUUUCAAUGAGAUUACUUGUAUAAACAGUUACAAAUAACACAUCUGAAUGCUUAAUUCUGAAAUAAACACCAUGUCUGGAAAAACAACUAUAAAAGGAAAUCCAUCUCAGUAUGUAAAACUCAAUGUAGGGGGUUCUUUACAUUACACCACUAUUGGAACACUGACAAAACAAGACACAAUGCUUAGAGCUAUGUUUAGUGGCCGGAUGGAAGUUCUCUCAGACUCUGAUGGGUGGAUACUUAUAGACAGAUGUGGCAAGCAUUUUGGCACAAUUCUAAAUUUCCUAAGAGAUGGGAGUGUUUCACUUCCAGAGUCCACAAAAGAAAUAGCUGAACUUCUAGCUGAGGCUAAAUAUUACUGUAUAGCGGAAUUGGCAGAAUCCUGUAAUAAAGCUUUAGCAAAAAAAGAGAGAGGAGAAAUGGAACCAAUUUGUAGAGUACCACUAAUUACAUCACAAAAAGAAGAGGAAACACUAAUAAGUUCUACAACAAAACCAGCUAUUAAAUUACUGAUAAAUAGGCAUAAUAAUAAAUAUUCUUAUACUAGUGCUUCUGAUGAUAAUUUACUGAAGAAUAUUGAACUUUUUGAUAAAUUGAGUCUAUGGUACAGUAACAGAGUACUCUUCUUGAAGGAUGUUAUAAGUACUAGUGAGAUUUGCUGUUGGGUAUUUUAUGGUCACGGUAAAAAGGUAUCAGAAGUAUGUUGUACUUCAAUAGUAUAUGCCACAGAUAAGAAACACACAAAAGUGGAAUGCCCAGAAGCAAGAAUAUAUGAAGAAACAUUAAAUAUUCUAUUGUAUGAAAGUAGAAAUGCUCCAGAUCAAGAAUUGAUGCAGGCUACAUCAACAAGAGGAGCAGUUAGUGGUAUGUCUUCUUACACAAGCGAUGAGGAAGAAGACAGACCAGUUCGUCCUUGAGCUAUUGGACCAAGAAGAGGUUUAUUUAAUUUAUUGCUUUAUUUAAUAUUAACACAUCGGCUUGGUUAACCAAUGUCAGAUUCUAUUAUGAUACGUUAAUGCAAAUCAAGUAUUUGCAAUAUCAUAUAAUAUUUCACCAAGUUAAAAAUUUAUAAUGAAUUGAAUAUUUCAUUAAUAUUUUAUAAAAUUUUAUUUUUAUCACUUGUUAGCAGGGUAAUUCAAGUUAACCCUUACAGGCCUGCUUUUUAAAUUUUGGACAAUUAUUUUUUGAUAUCACAUUAGUGUGUCAGUUGCAAUCGUUUUUUAAAAGGAUGUAUUAUUUAAUUUCAUAUAGCUGAAAGGUUUGUCGAAGCAUCCAACCAAAUAAUGGUCCCUCUUCAUAAUCGGCGAUUACAGACAAUUACAGACAAUUACAUAAGCGCGAGCACGACUGUGUAGAGGGCAGAAUCGGCUAUAGUUGCCCAUCGUUGUCUAUGAUCGCCUACAAUCCGUGAGUUGUCGGAUUUUCGGAGACACUUCAAAGCGAUUCUGUCGUUCGACAGAAUCGACAUACUAUUACGGACGAUUGUGUGGAUGUUUGCACGAUGAUUGUGCCGAUCAUAGACGAUCACAUGAUCAGCCAUCAUUGCCGAUAGUGAAGAUACAUAAUAGUAUUUACAUCGCUUCAGUUCAUUUUGUAGAUUACCCCGUAUGUUGAACAAAGAGUUGAAUCUUUUGACAAUAACAGUGUGGGCUGGAAUUCUCAACGGUAAUCUUCUUGGCAGAUGGUUACCUAGAAUUGCUUAUGGAUUUAAAGGAGGAGAUUUAAAGGUUUGCGAUAUUUUCAAGGCGACAUCCUAUUAUACUUUGCUCUACCCAAAAAUAAUAUGUCACCCAUUCCAUUACUUUAUAUUGGACAUUCGAAAACAAUAAUUCAAGAGCAAUUUAAGCCAGCAGUUAAACCCUGUCCUUCUUCUUUUUCACAAGCCGUAUCAGAAUUCGACGUUGGCGAUCACCAAGCUUCUCGAUCUUCUGUCACAUGGAAUAAUUGUCCUGCAUUUGGUAUCUGAGUCCAAUCACGAAUAUUUUUUAGCCAAGAGACCUGCUUUAUUCCCAUUCCUUUCCGACCUCCCAUUUGGCUUUUAAGGAUCAGUUGCAGUAUUCCAUAUCGAUUUCCCCUCAAUACCCGGGUGGAUUGAUAGAAAAAACAAUUUUUUUGCGAUUAAAUCGAUUUAUUUCUCAACAUAAUCCCCUUUUAGCUCGAUACACUUAGUAACACGAUGUUCCAAUUUUUUUAUCCCGUCCGAAUAGUACUUUUGGUCGAGCUCUUCAAAAUAGGCCGAAGUGUCAGCGACGACUUUAUCGUUUGUUGCGAAACGACGUCCUCCGAGCCAUUUUUUAGGUUUAGAAACAGGAAAAAGUCGCUGGCGGCAAGGUGGGGAGUAAGCAAAAGUCUGGGGAAUACGGUGGGUGUUCAACCAAUUUAAUAGCCCAAUUCGUGUAAUUUUGCCAUGGCGACGGCCGCUCGGUGAGCCGGUGCGUUGUCUUGGUGAAAUAGCACUUUUUUGCGUGCCAAACCGGGGCGUUUUCGACGCAAUUCGGCAUCGAAUUGAUCCAAUAAUGCUACGUAGUACUCGUCAUUGAUUGUUUUUCCUUUUUCCAUGUAGUCGAUGUAGAUGAUGCCCUUCGCAUCCCAGAAAACAGUCGUCAUCACUUUGCCGGCCGAAUGUGCAUUUUUUGACUUCUUCUUUGGUUUCCAUUGAGUAAUAAUGCUCCCAGAUUUCAUCAACGGUGAUAAAUCGGCGAAAAAAAGCCUUCGGAUAGCUAGGGGUCGACAAGACAAGAAUUCUUGUCUAGACAACAACUUCUUGUCUUGUCUUGAGAAAAAUCAAGAAAUUUAAAAAAAUCUUGUCUUGACGUUUUCUUGAUAUCUUAUAUCUUGUCUUGACUCAAGAAAUUUCAAGAUCUUGAAAUUUCUUGAUUACUCUGUCCGGUGAUUCCCCGGCGAACUUUUUAUUGCGUUGCGUGCUAACACGGAAUCCACUGCCACUGGGGGGAGUCCCCGAUCUGCAUUUGUUUCCUGACGAACGCAAAAUUGAUGUGUAGUUGCAUGCUUAAAAUAAGCAUUUUAUAUGUUUCGCACAUAUUCAUUGUAUUAUUGCAUUUUUAUAACACGUUUGUAGAAAAAAACUAACGUAUUGACAGUAUAGGCAGUUUUGAUGUAAUAUCAAGAAAAAUAUAAAAAUGGAAUGUCAGUCAAGUUCAAGUAAAAGUUUUUGUAGGUAAUCAGUCGUGUGAUGGAUGACCGAGGUUAACUUUAACGUUUGAGUUAAAGUUAAGAUAACUCUAAGGAAUAACGAUGCCCAUAACUAUUUAGGUAAAAUUCGGUGUGAUGGAUCGGUCAGAGUUAUGAGAUAGUUAUAUCAUCAACGUUAUAUUAGAAAUAAGGUUUGAGGCAAAAAGGUUAAAGUAACAAAGAGAACCUUAUGUAGAAAUAGUACAAGUUGGAGUGAGCGCGAGAGAUAGUUCGGAACAUAGUAGAUGACCGUGAAAGUAAAUCCCCAUCGUCGGCCACCGUCGAUGACCGACCAGUGCCGAACAGCAAACAGCUGUUCGGGUUCGGUGUUGUUUCAAACAUUUCAAACAGUAGAUAGAAACAGGGUUGCCAGAUUGGUGUAUUUUCCCACAAUUUUGGGGUAAUUUGAAAGCGUGGAAAUUUUUGUAAGCAGAAAUUGUAGUGGGAUUUUUUGGGGGCGGAAAAUUAUGGAGUAUUUUAAGUGGUCAUGGUAAAUUAAAUUUGCAAAUGUACAUAGAACUGCGUAUAUUAUACCGGUGAUUAUACUCCCAUAAAAUGAAGACCAUAGGAACUAUUAAUUAUUUCCAGGGCCCUCGUUGAUAAGUAGUAUAAUUUUGGUGUACUGUUCUCUUCAUUUGACUACUAAUUUAUUAAAAUGCGGCAAAAAUUUAAAUGUGUCGUAUUUGAGCUUCAAUUUGAGGGAAUUUCAGUUUCUAAGUGGGAAAUUUAUAAAAUAUCAUCUGGCAACUCUGGAUAGAAAGCUCAGUAGAUACUUAAAAUAAAAUUUCAACUUAUAUCACUCGAUUUGAUUUUUGUAUCAUUUUUAAAAUUGUAUUACCCUUCUAUUCUUAUUUAUUAAAUUAUUAGCUUCUAAAUUCACUUGAUUUCUGUCUAAAAACAAGUCAAAAGAUGAACCUAACCUUACAUAUCCUUACAUAACUACAAAGUUAUCUCAUAACUUGAGGUUUAACGUCGCGUUAUAAAGUGACAGUUGAUAUACCAGAUAACUCAAGAACUGUCAAGAAAUAACGCAAGUAGUUAAGUUAAGUAUGAUACAUCACACCAAUUCGAGGGUUAUAACAUAACUACAGACGUUAACGAUAACUUCGGUCAUUCAUCACACCGCUGAUUGUCCUGUAUUUGAGAAUGAAUAAAUUAUAAUUGUUGAUAUAUAAGACGUUUGUAGAAAAAAUAUUGUAUGAUAUACGUGUUAAAAGGUACAUUUUUAAGGCACUCAUGUAAUUAUAAAAUUGUACUUUUAACACUUAUAUCAUAAAUAACUAUUAAAGUUGUUAAUAAAUUAUUCCUUUCAAAAUAUACUCAAAUCGUAUUUUUAGACAUUUUAUUAAUGUUGUUCUGAAGCUAUUUCUUUGUGGCAUUUUGAUAAUGAACUAUUUUGAUUGGGAAAUAAGCCACAAUUAAAUUGAAAAAAUAAUUUUAUUAACGUUUCGACGCCUAAAUCAGAUGUCGUUGUCAAAAUACAAAAUAUUACUAAAUUAAACAAAAAUGUUAUUGCUUAGUAAAAUAAAUAUUGGCAAUAUCAUUUUAAAGUCUUCUACUUUAAAAUCUAUAAUAUAUUAUGUCUGAAUUGCCGAUAUAAAUUAGUCAGAUUAAAUAAAUUAUUUAUUUAAUCUGACGAAUUUUUUACUAAGCAACAACAUUUUUCUUUAAUUUAGUAAUAUUUUGUAUUUUGACAACGAUAUCCGAUUUGGGCGUCGAAACGUUAAUAAAAUUAUUGUUUCAAUUUAAUUGUGGCUUAUUUCCCAAUCAAAAUAGUUAAUUAUCUUAUUUAUUUUAUAUAAUAUCGUCGAACCCGCUUAUUGGAAUAGCCUUCUUGCCAAGAUAAAGUAUUGCUAUAACCGGGAUAUUCUAAUAACCGAUCAUUGGUGGCUAGUAAAACUGUUUCAGGACCUCAAAUUUCUAUCCCUUAAACCGGGUUAUUUCGAUAACCGGUAUUCUAAUAACCGGGUUCGACUGUAAUUCAAUUCAGUAUCAAAUGUCAUUUAUUGUAUAUUUUAUUAUUACCUAAUUUAAAAUUUAGUUUGACAUUGACGGAUGUGUCAUACUCAAACGUGAAUAACGUAUUCUUUGCUUUUAGACAUUUUAUUAAUGUUGUUCUGAAGCUAUUUCCUUGUGGCAUUUUGAUAAUUAACUAUUUUGAUUGGGAAAUAAGCCACAAUUAAAUUGAAAAAAUAAUUUUAUUAACGUUUCGACGCCUAAAUCAGAUGUCGUUGUCAAAAUACAAAAUAUUACUAAAUUAAACAAAAAUGUUAUUGCUUAGUAAAAUAAAUAUUGGCAAUAUCAUUUUAAAGUCUUCUACUUUAAAAUCUAUAAUAUAUUAUGUCUGAAUUGCCGAUAUAAAUUAGUCAGAUUAAAUAAAUUAUUUAUUUAAUCAGACGAGUUUUUUACUAAGCAACAACAUUUUUCUUUAAUUUAGUAAUAUUUUGUAUUUUGACAACGAUAUCCGAUUUGGGCGUCGAAACGUUAAUAAAAUUAUUGUUUCAAUUUAAUUGUGGCUUAUUUCCCAAUCAAAAUAGUUAAUUAUCUUAUUUAUUUUUAUUAUCGUCGAACCUGCUUAUUGGAAUAGCCUUCUUGCCAAGAUAAAGUAUUGCUAUAACCGGGAUAUUCUAAUAACCGAUCAUUAGUGGCUAGUAAAACUGUUUCGGGACCUCAAAUUUCUAUCCCUUAAACCGGGUUAUUUCUAUAACCGGUAUUCUAAUAAGCGGGUUCGACUGUAAUUCAAUUCAGUAUCAAAUGUCAUUUAUUGUAUAUUUUAUUAUUACCUAAUUUAAAAUUUAGUUUGACAUUGACGGAUAUGUCAUACUCAAACGUGAAUGACGUAUUCUUUGCUGAUAUAAACACAAACAUUUUAAUUAUUAUAUGAAUAUAACAUAAUCUGGUUAAACAGUAUAAUUCCUUCAUUCAAUUUUAAACAUAUUAUUUUAAUAUAACGUAUUUAUAUAAUUUGUUUAAGUACCUAUAUAACGCACCGCAAGCUAACCUCUCGCGUCAUGAAUUUAAAUGACGCCCUAGCGUCACGAUUUUGAAUGACGCCAAAUACGAUUUUACACCCGCCAAAAUUCCAUACCGAACUUUAAGAAGUAUUCACUUAAAAAAUCCAUUUGAAACAGUCGUUUUCUGUAACCAUAUAAAACAAAACAUUGAGAUCUGGGAUCUGAAUAACUGAGUUUGUAGUGUAUUUAUUAUAUUUAAUUUUGUAGUACUUCACUUAUUCAUCCAUAAAUAAGAAAGUUUUAUACUUAAAAACGAAAAGAUCAAGAAUUGUACGAUUGCUAGAAAAUAUAAGAAGAGAACAUCUCUCAUUUUUCCGAGUUAUUACAUUGUCGUAAAUGCCUCGUCCCUGUUAUUUGUUUUUUUGCAUUUAGUUCAGAGAAAUAAGGAAAAAAAUAUCCUGUUGGUGACACAACCCCCUCCAGGCCGAAACCAAAUUUUUCGAGUAGUAUGGUCAUCUAUAAUAAUAACCUAUAUGUUUCCUGCAGCCGAUUUUAAUGAUAUACAUAGUUAUAAACAAAUGAAGAUCAAAAAACGGUAAAUUUUCGCUUUUUUCGUCUAUUACUAAAAAAUUGGGCAUUUUAAACAAAUUUGAGAGUAAUAAACUCAUAAACCGUAUAAAAAACUUCAAUAUGGCGUUCGCUGAAUAUGUCUAUCCUUAUUGGUUGCUUAGAAAAUUGCAAAAUAAAUCAUAAAUUUUGAAUUUUUGUAAAUAUUCAUAAGUUAUGUAAAAAUUAAUUUAGAACCUUCUUAUUACACGGAAUGCUGAGACUUAUGGUGAUUAAAUCAUACCCUAAAUUUCAAAGCAAUUGGUGAAAUAGUUUAAAAGUUAUUUAAUUUGUUUAUCCAAAAUUAAUUUUUUUUGCAACACUGUAAGUCAGAAAAUGAUGAAGUUACAGUAAUAUUUUGGAUAGUUUAUGAAAGAAGAAAAUUUACAGUAUUAAUUUAGUUUAAAAAAAAUGACAAAAAAUAAUUAUAAAUAUUGCAAAAUAAUUUUGCAAAAACAUGUGAAUUAAACAAAUGGGGGGCUACCUUUUUCCAUAAUUGUCCUAGGACAGUUGUUUUUCUUUCUAAACGUGUAUAAAAAUUCAGUCUUUCUAAAUAUGAAAAAAUAAUUUUUCUACGGGUAACGGUUAAAAAGUUAUUCUAAUUGUUUAUAAGUAAGCAAAAAUCUACAUGUUUUUGCAAAAUAAUUUUACACUCUUUAAAAUUAUUUUUUGUCAUUUAUUUUUAAUUAAGGUAAUAGUAUAAAUGUUCUUCUUUCAUAAACUGUCCGAAGUAUUAUUGUAACCUCAUAAUUUUCUGACUUAUAGUGUUGCAAAAAUAAUGAAUUUGGGAUAAACAAAUUAAAUAACUUUUAAACUAUUUGACCAAUUGCUUUGAAAUUUAAAAUAUAAUUUAAGUACCUACAAGAAGUCUCGGCAUUCCGUGUAAUAAGAAGAUUCUAAGUUAAUUUUUACCUAAGUUAUGAAUAUUUAUAAAAACUCAAAAUUUAUGAUUUAUUUUGCAAUUUUCUAAGCAACCAAUAAGGAUGGACAUAUUCAGCGAACGCCAUAUUGAAGCUUUUUAUACGAUUUAUGAGAUUCUUACUCUCAAAUUUGUUUAAAGUGCUUAACUUUUUGGUAAUAGACGAAAAAAGCGAUAAUUUACCGUUUUUUAAUCUUCAUUUGUUUAUAACUAUGUAUAUCAUCAAAAUCGGCUGCAGGAAACAUAUAGGUUAAUAAUAUAGAUGCCCAUACUACUAAAAAAAUUUGGUUUCGGCCUGGAGGGGGAUGUGUCACGAGAAAAAAGUUAUUUCUCUGGACUAAUUGUUGAUCAUACUAGUCGUUUCUUGCUUGGUUUCGAAAUAUACACAAAAUAGAUUGUUAAAUAUUUAAUUAUUUUAGUUAAAUAUUACAAAAAAUGUAAUUCUCUUCAAUAUCUUAAAAUAUCGUAAAAUGUAUGUUAAAGUAACGAAAGAAAGUUACGCCAAGGUUAAGUUAAAAAAUUCAAAUAAUAUACAUUUGCGAUCAUAAAAAGCGGGUCACUCGAUGAAUUAUUCAAGUUAUAUGUCUCGAAUUUUCUAAACCUGUAGUCCGAUUUGAGUGAUUUUUUUAGUAUGUUAUAGUCUUAUUCUUUAACAAUAUCGCUAUAAUAAUAUUGUUGCUAGACAGGUAAAUUGUAAUUGUAUACCGGGUGUAACAAUCAUACUGUGUUUAUUCCUGGAAGUUCGGAACACCCUGUGGCAUGUUUUGGCAUAGAUAAAAUAUUGAAAUUAAAACUCGAUUGUAGCCUUAGGCUUUCUUAACAUUUUCUUUUUGUUUUUAUUGGAUAAUAAAAAAGUUAGGCACGUUAACAACUAACCAUGCUCUUCAUCAAUACAGGGUGUUUCUAAAUAAGUGCGACAAACUUUAAGGGGUAAUUCUGCAUAAAAAAAAUAAUGACAGUUUGCUUUAUAAACAUAUGUCCGCAAAUGCUUCGUUUCCGAGAUACGGGAUGUUUAAGUCUUUCUUACAAACUGACGAUUUAUUUAUUGCUCUAAAGCCCGUAGAGAUAUGCAAAUGAAAUUUGGUAGGUUUUAAGAGACAGUUAUUGUGCAUUUUUUUACAUACAAUUAAUAAUUCUACAUUCACCAUUGGCGUGCAUACGGGUAUAAACAUUUUAGAUACAUCCCGUAUGCACGCCAAUGGUGGAUAUAAAAUUCUUAGUUGUAUGUCAAAAAAUGCGCCAUAACUACCUCUUAACACCUAUCAAAUUUCAUUUGCAUAUCUCAACCGGUUUUAGAGCAAUAAAUAAAUCGUCAGUUUGUAAGAAAAAAUUCAACAUCCCAUAUCUCGAAACCGAAUAAUUUGCAGCCAUACGUUUAUAAAGCAAACGGUAAUUAUUUUUUCAUGCAGAAUUACCCCUUAAAGUUUGUCGCACUUAUUUAGAAACACCCUGUAUUGAUGAAAAACAUGGUUAAUUGUUAACGUGCCUAACUUUUUUAUUACCCAACGUAAACAAAUAAAACAAAAAAAAUGUUAAGAAAGCGAUAAGGCUACAAUCGAGUUUUAAUUUCAAUAUUUUAUCUAUGCUAAAACAUUCCACAGGGUGUUCCGAUUUUUGAGGAAUAAACACAGUAUGAUUGUUACACCCAGUAUACAAUGACAAUUUACCUGUCUAGCAACAAUAUUACUAUAGCGAUAUUGUUAAAAAAUAAGGCUAUAACAGGUUUAGAAAAUUCGAGACAUCUAACUUGAAUAAUUCGUCGAGUGACCCGCUUUUUAUGAUCGCAAGUGUAUUUUAUGAAUUGAGUGAAGUACUUUUUUAUGUUACUGUGAUUUAUUAUAACUUUGCUGUUGUUCUGUAGCCAAUAAAAAAUGUUAUUAAAUAAAAGAAAAAGUGUUAGUGUAA